AGCAUAUCUUUUCCACACACAAAUGUGAGGUUUCCUGUCCUUUAUUUUGCUUCCAUGUGUAAAAAUAUGUAAAUACUUUCUUUGCUAACUCUCCACUUCCUCUCCAAGUAUACUUUAAACAAAAGCUCAACAACUUCUCCCCUCUCUGUUUCCAUUCCUUGUCUCGAAGCUAAACUCUAACAUCCCUUUGUUUCUGGCCAAGCAGAGUGCGUCUUUAACAGUUUCAGUAGAAUGGAAACCAAUCAUGUGGAAAAAGCAGCUAAGAAAUGACGUUGAUACCCAUUUAAGAAUGUAUUGACUGGAAACCUCAAAUGUCUUUGUGGUCUCCUGAGAGUGGGUGUAAAAAGCCUUCGUGUUUCAUCACCUCCUUUUUCCCCAUCACUCACUGGCUGUAAGCGGCGAACAGCUUCCCUGAGAGGAUGCAGUGAUGUCGAGCUAUGGCCUAAAAAGCUUGCGAUCUACUUUUCUAUUUAGCCAGAGUGGAAACUACUCACUGCGACAAGACAGAGCUGCAACUUAUGCUAAAAAAAAUUCUGUUUAAGAUAAUUACUACUAACUUUUCGUUGAACUUAAACAACACAUCACAGUCAGUAAUGAGUCAAGAUGUUUGCAUACAUCAAAGCUUCAUCUUAUUACUUCCCUAAACCUCUUUGUGCUUUUUUCCUACCAGCCCAUUAUGUGUUUGUGUGUUUUGUGUAUUUCUUCUUGUCAAGUGAACUCAACAGUCUGCAUCCUGUCAUGUGACUUUCUGCGAUCUGUCAAACUUCAGCCUCAGUUUGGACUAAUUUUACACCUGCUCCAACUUGAGAAACAGAAGCAGUCCCAGUAGCAUGAGACAGAGCCGGUCAGCUGUUCAGAAGCACUUCUGCAUGGCGUCCGCUGCGAGGCGUGAAGCGGGGUAUUUUGAUGCAGGACUCGGAAGUGACUUUUCACUUUUUUGAAACUUUGAGUUGCAGCUCAAGCAGAGAAGUCGACGGUAUGUGUUGCUUAUGAAGACGGACAGCGUAGUUUGCAAUUAAAGAGGAAGUGCGGGGUGAAAAUGGAAGGCCAGAAAACGGUGAACUUCAUGAGACUCUUGUCAGAUGAAAGCGUCGAGUCCACCUUGUCGUCAGACUCAUGUGAGUACUACCAUACAGAGAUAUUUGACCUGCUGCCCAGUGUCCAGGCUGUCCGGUCCCAGCAGGACAGCUAUGAUACGCUGAAAACCAGCAAGGUCCACCAGGGUGGCCUGCAACCCGGGGAGGCCUUCAGCACUGAGAACCAGUCAAGAGGACCCAGAGACAAGCUGUCUCUGCAGCCACUGCGGAACCUGGCCAUUUGUAUGCAGGGGAAGAGGAGCGCAAGGGAAAGGAGGAAAAUUCAGAUCAGCAAUAUUGGUUUCUGGGAGUCGUGGAGGCGGAGCCAGAGCAUCAACAGGAAGAGGGUCUGGGCUCACAUGAGGGAGGCGGGAGCCAGCUUGUUGCCUUGGAAACAGACACUCCACAAAAUUCAAGGGAGGUUUGGCAUCGGAGUGAAGUCCUACUUUGUGUUCCUCAGAUAUCUGAUCUACUUGAACCUGCUGCACUGUGCUCUGAUCGGGGGCUUCAUCCUGGGGCCCACAGGGUUUUAUGGCACAAACAGCAGUGAAUCGUUGCGAUUUGGCGGAAACGACUCUGUGUUAGACUUCCUCCUGGGAUCGGGAUUUCUGGCUCGUUCGCCUGUUUUCUUUGGCUUUUACACCAGAGGCUCUCUGAAUCUCGACUGCCUGAACACACCCCUGCUUUACCUGGCUGGGAUCCUCAGCAUCAUCUUCCUUAGUCUCAUCAUGGUGGUCCGCAGAACGACUGUUGGCUACAAGCACACCUGGAUGCUCGAGAAGCGAACCAGCAUGAAUGUGAGCUUUAAGGUCUUUUGUGGCUGGGACUACAGCAUCCAUCAUCCAGAGUCUGCAGAGCUCAAGCAGAGCUUCAUCAGGAAUGACCUGAAGCUCUUCCUGGAGGAGAUGAAGUUUAACUUGAAAAAGGCUCAAAGGACUCUGGGACAAAAGCUGCGCCUCUACCUGCUGAGGUUCAUCCUAAACCUGAUUGUUGUCUUUCUGCUCGGUGGAGCUUUUACUCUCAUCUACUUGUCCACAAACGUGUCCCUCAAAGAGUCGAACGAAGUUUUGGUUCUCAAGCUGAUCCUUCAGUAUCUUUCUCCCAUCACCAUGACCUUUGUGGACCUAGUCCUCCCUCAGAUAUUCCGCAAGAUCUCAUCUUUCGAGGACUACUCUCUAACCGUUCAAGUAAAUGUAACACUUGUGAGGAGUAUCUUCUUGAAGCUGGCUUCCCUGGGGAUCUACUUAGUUUUCCUCUUCAAAACAUCAGUCGAAAAUCGUCUGUGCAGGGAAAACCAGAUUGGCAUUGAGAUGUACAAACUGUGCAUCUUCAACUUCCUCACCACUUUCUGCAACACUUUUUUGGUGAACUACCCCAGGAAGCUUUUGCAGGAGAAGCACCCAACCUGCUUUCUGGUCCGGCUGUGCGGGAGGCAGCGGUUUCUGAUCCCGUUCAAAGUUCUGGAUCUGGUCUACAUCCAAACUGUGUUGUGGGUUGGAGUCUACUACUGCCCCCUGCUGCCUAUGAUCGGAGUAGUCAGCCUGUUGGUGAUAUUCUACAUCCAAAAGUUUGAUGUUUUGCAGUGUUGCGAGGCGGAGCAGCGGAUGUUUCGAGCCUCCAGCUCUUCGGUUUUAUUCCACUUCAUGCUGUUGCUGGGUCUCCUCAUGGCUGCAGCCGCACCGAUAAUUGACUUCCACCUGGUCGAGGGAACAAACAAGAUCUCCUGUGGUCCGCUUAAAAAUGAAACUGUGCUUACUGUGACAAACACCUGCGUGACAAGUCUUCCCAACUCAGUCCAGAAUGUUCUCAAGUACUUGUCCUCACAAGCCUUUGCCCUGCCUCUCCUGCUAGCUAAGAUCAUCAUCCUGACAUCGUAUGUGUCACGAGGACGCGCCAACCAGAAGGCAAUCGAAAGGCUUAAAGACAUGCUGAUUAUGUGCAGCUCAGAUAAACGGUUCCUGGUGAAGCAGCAUGCCACCUUACUGAGAGGUCCUAAGAACUCAAGCAGAGCCCGUCCUGCUGCUGCGGAACAGAAAAAGCUCCUCCAUGGCGCUCCCUGAGGCUCCCCGUUUAUUCUCCUCUGGAAAUGAUGGAAAACAAGAAGAGACAUGUUGAAUUAUUCACAAAGAAGCAGAGUGACCUAUUGAAACUUGUGACCCAAUUCUGUAAAAAGACAUUUUCAGAUUAUUCUUGCAGCCUUCCUCGCAAGCAUUUUAUACACCUGUGUUAAAGCUAAUAACAGCGUGCAGACUGCUGGAAGGUCUUUUAUCAGUGUUGACAUUAGUGACAUGCACAUUAACCUCUUUAUAUGAAAAAUAGAGCUUGGUAGUAUUCCUAAAUGUUGACUUAAUAUUAUUCAAGAGGCUGUAAACGUUUUUAUUUGUGUGUUUAUUAAACUUUUUUUGCACUAA